UAGACUUAACUUAAGGUAGCCAUGGAGGUUGAGAGAGUCCAAGUUAUUGCUUCCUUAUCUUUGAACUCCAAUGUAAUCCCCGCGGAGUUUGACAUGCCUGAGAGCGAGAAGCCCGAUGCCACCACAUUUCGCGGCCCGAUCCCUGAGAUUCCUGUCAUCGAUUUCAGUGAUCCCGACGAGGAAAACCUAAUCCGCCGCAUAGCGGAAGCCAGCAAAGAAUGGGGUUUCUUUCAGGCCGUGAACCACAACAUCCCUGCCGAGGUCAUACGCAGGCUGCAGGAGGCGGGGACGGAGUUUUUCGGGUUCCCGCAGGAGGAGAAAGAGGUUUACGCCAAGCCGGGUGAUGCCCAGUCCGCCGAAGGGUACGGUACCAAACACCAAAAGCUCGAGAAUGGAAAGAAACCAUGGAGUGAUCAUCUCUUCCACAGGAUAUGGCCUCCUUCUCGCAUUAACUACCAAUUUUGGCCUAAAAUUCCUUCCUAUUACAGAGAGGUGAACGAGGAGUACGGGACGCAUGUGAGAGGGUUCGCAGAUAAGGUGUUCAGGAGUCUAUCGCUAGGGUUAGGGUUGGAAGCGAACGCUAUGAAAGAGGCAUUCGGAGGGGAAGAGCUUGAGUACAUACUGAAGAUCAAUUACUAUCCGCCGUGUCCGCGGCCGGAUCUAACAUUCGGAGUUCUCGCACACACUGACAUGUCGGCGCUCACAAUUUUGGUUCCUAAUGAGGUUCCCGGUCUUCAGGUUCUCAAAGAUGAUCACUGGAUCGACGCCAAGUACGUCCCCAAUGCCAUUAUCGUACACAUGGGUGACCAGAUUGAGAUUGCAAGCAAUGGAUACUACAAGAGCGUACUCCAUAGAACCACAGUGAAUAAGGAGAAGGCAAGGAUGUCAUGGCCUGUAUUCUUAGAGCCACCACUGGAGUUCGUCGUCGGACCGAUAUCGCAGCUUCUGAACGAGCAAAACCCUCCAAAAUACAAGUCUAAGAUGUUCAAAGACUACGCUUACUGCAAGCUCAACAAGCUUCCCCAGUGAUCCAUCCAUUUAUAUAUAUGUUCCUUUAAUUUCCUCUAUUAAUGAAUUAGUAUAUGAAUAACAGAACAUUUCCUCUGAUUAGUUUGUUAAGUCGCUCAACCAUGUGUAAUAAUUGUCGUGGUGUUCAUAAGGUGUAAAGUUCAAAUACUACUUCCAUUAGGAAGAGUCUACACCUUAAUUAUCUCUUAUAAAACUCAUGAUUAAUAAAUAAUGAUAAUAUAAUUUUUUUGUUCUUGAGA